AUGGACGACUGCAUCCUAGGCCUAGACUUUAUGAGGAAUAAUUGUUGCGAGAUCGACGUUAAGCAAGGUGUUUUGAAAUGUGGACAGGAGGAACUCUUUAUGGAAGGUGCGUUACCAGGGAACGUGUACAGCAUCAAGAAGAUUGUUCUUCCGCCGAGAUCGGAAACGAUUGUUCCGGUUAGUCUUCCUCGAAACGCUGGGCAAGCUCACCGUUGUGUACUUGUGGAAAGGGUAAACAAUGACCUUCCAUGGAAAGUAGCUCGAACCUUGGUCAGGACCACUGACAUCUCAGGAGUACGUGUGCUGAACCUUUGCGACCGGGAACAGAUUAUAGAAAAAGGCACACUGAUUGGUACUUGUGAGGAAAUGGAUUGGUUACGUCGGUGCCAAUAUAUAUCGAGUGGGACCCCCAGCAAGGAUGCAGAAACGAGAGUGACCACACUUUUGGAAGACUGUCGCAGUGUUCUCUCCCCGAACGAAUUGGUCAAGACGAAGAAGUUGUUACUCAAGUACGCCGAUGUAUUCUCAUCAAACGAUGCUGACAUAGGAAAGACUGGCUUAAUUCAACACAAAAUAAACACAGGAGAAGAAUUGCCUAUCCGUCAGCGGCCAAGAAGAUUGCCGGUAGCACGUGAAAAGGAAGUGGAAACCAUGAUUGAAGGAAUGGUGAAGGAUGGUGUUAUUGAACCUUCCUCUAGUCCAUGGUGUUCACCAGUGGUGCUGGUGAAGAAGAAGGAUGGCAGCAUGCGGUUUUGUGUUGACUACCGCCGUCUGAACGACGUUACGAAGAAGGACAGCUAUCCCUUGCCAAGAAUUGAUGACACGCUGGACAUGCUUACAGGAGUAAAGUGGUUUAGCACGCUGGAUCUAAAAAGUGGCUACUGGCAAGUUGAAAUUGACACUAAGGACAAGGAGAAAACUGCGUUCUCGACGGGAAAGGGUCUGUGGCAAUUUAAAGUAAUGCCGUUUGGGUUGUGCAAUGCUCCAGCAACGUUUGAAAGGCUGAUGGAACUUGUACUUACCGGGCUAAUUGGCGAUGCCUGUCUGGUCUACUUGGAUGACAUCAUCAUCGUAGGCCGUACGUUUGAGGAACACCUUCAAAACCUGGAACGCGUGCUCAUGAAGAUUCAGAGUGCCAACCUCAAGUUGAGCCCGAUGAAAUGUUCCCUAUUCCAACGGCAAGUUAACUUUUUGGGGUUUGUGGUAUCGGAAGAAGGUAUCCGCAUAGAUCCAGAGAAAAUCGCCGCUGUCAAGGAUUGGCCGGUUCCAAGAGACAAGACGCAGGUUAGAGCAUUUUUGGGUUUGUGCUCCUAUUACCGGCGAUUUGUGAAGAACUUUGCAGAUAUAGCCAAACCUCUGCACAAGCUAACUGAGGAGAGGCGACAUUUCUACUGGGAUGAAAGUUGCAGUAUCGCAUUCCAGGAGCUCAAGGACCGUCUGUGCAAAACACCUAUUUUGGGAUACCCUGAUGCAAGCAAAGAAUUUAUAGUUGACACAGACGCAAGUGAUAUAGGACUUGGCGGUGUGUUGUCACAACGGAAUGGUGACCAAGAGGUCGUGAUAGCGUACUUCAGCAAGUCGUUGUCAAAACCGGAAAGGAACUAUUGUGUCACAAGACGCGAAUUGCUCGCUGUGGUAAAGUCGUUGCAGCAUUUUAGCAAAUAUCUUCUGGGACGAAAAUUUCACUUACGAACUGACCAUGCUGCACUAAAAUGGCUAUUGCAGUUUAAAAAUCCUGAAGGACAAGUUGCGAGGUGGAUUGAACUACUGCAGGAAUACGACUUUGAGAUCGAACAUCGCAGCGGAAAAUCUCACGGCAACGCAGAUGCAUUGUCAAGAAGACCUUGUCCUGAAGAUUGCAACCAUUGUACUAGGCAAGAGAGUAAGGAAGAGGUAUCCGUGAGGAUGCUCAGGACGGACCACCUCAGCAACUAA